AAUCAGUGAUGAUUUACAUGAAAACGAGUGCGGACGAACUUUGUAGACGGUAGUGGUGCCGAACAUAGUGCAUGGAUUUAAAGCUAAACAACAAAUAGUUAGUUGCUUACUGCUAGCAUACGAAAGGAACGCAACUGGACGUUAAUACUCGCAACAAAACAAAAUAAAUGAAGGAAAGCAAUGCAAAUAAGAAAUACGCAUAAUAAAAUUGAUUAGAAACAUAGUAUAUAACAACACGCGGCAUAAUUGAAGAAACUAUCAAAGACAAGCCAAAGCUUAAGCUUUACUAAAUAAAAUUUCUUUUGUAAGAAUAAAACCAAAGCAAAAUUUUAUUAUAAUAAAAUGGCAUUGAACGCUGAGGAUAUUGCUGAGAUCAAGAAGACCUGGGCCAUACCAGUUGCUACGCCAACUGAUUCCGGUGCGGCGAUUUUGAUCAGAUUCUUCACAAAAUAUCCGUCCAAUUUGGAGAAAUUCCCAUUCCGAGAUGUGCCAAUUGCGGAAUUGAAUAACAGCGCACGUUUCCGUGCUCACUGUGGUCGCAUUAUCAAGACUUUCGAUCAGUCAAUCAGCCAGCUGGAGGAAGAGGGUGGUCUGCAAAAGAUUCAAGAAAUCUGGCAGGGAAUUGCCAGUUCACAUGUGCAACGCCAUAACAUUGCCAAGCCAUCGUACUUUGAACUGCGCGAAGCCAUUGUGGAGGUGCUGAGCGAAGCGUGUAAUUUGAAUGAGCGUCAAGCGGAAGCCUGGAACAAAUUGCUUGACAUCGUCUAUGACAUCAUCUUCAAGAAGUACGAUGACUUGGGCGCCCAAUAAUGCUGGAAUCCCAGGCAGGCGUCAGAGUGCUGAAGUUGUACGCACACAAACACAAAAAGACACAUACACCAACGCUAACAUGAGUGCCAGCUACAAUGCAUGCAACAGCAAUACAACAACAACGUCUUGAAUAAGACGACUUUGUACAACAACGCCGUAUACAAACACACACACUAACACAAGCAUACACACACACACACACUCACAAACAGCACACACAUUUAGGGAAUAUCAACAUUGACGCUUUAACCUGCUUUUGUAGCGCAAAUAUUUUAUUGUGACCGCAAGGAAAAGAAAACAAAAAAACAACAAAAACAAAAAUAGGAGUAAACCAAAUGAAAAUGUCUUGAAACAUAUCGCAGAAUUGAAGAAAAUGAAAAUUUACACAAAAUACUCGUAUGUAACUGUAACGCCCCACCCUCGCUAGUGUUCGCCACAACGCCUUUCCACUGUUGCUGCGGCCAACUAACGGUUUGCAAGCUGCUGGUGUUGCUAUUCACUUUAUUUUCCGGUUUCUUUGCAUUUACAAUUGUUGUUGUUGUUAUUUAGAAUAUAUGUAUGUAUGUCUAAACGCUGUGUUUGUUGUUAUUGUUGCAUUUGUAUAUCCACCCAUUAGGCUCUGCAACGCUUUAUACACACACACACACUUCCAAACACAAAUCUAGAUAAACCGAA